GUCAUAACAGGCGACAAUUGGAAUCGACUUCCUGUCAAAAACCAUGUAUUUGGAGGACAGAACGGUUCGGUUGCAGUUGUGGGACACGGCAGGCCAGGAACGUUUCAGGAGCCUCAUUCCGAGCUAUAUAAGAGACUCCACUGUAGCUGUGGUGGUGUAUGACAUCACAAAUGUGAAUUCAUUCCAGCAAACUUCCAAAUGGAUCGAUGAUGUGAGAACGGAGAGAGGGAGUGAUGUCAUCAUCAUGCUGGUGGGCAAUAAAACAGAUCUGGCAGAUAAGAGACUUCUGGGAAUGCAGGAUGACGGAUAAUUUGAGAGUAAACCCAAUAUUUGUGUGAAAGAUAAGAGGUAA